AUGAGUAGCGUCUCGCAAAAGGAGCGAAGAGAUAUGGGCAAAAAAACUAAUAUCAUGCCAGGCGAAAGUAUCAAACAUCGUGGGCAACGUGUCUUCAUUGAUAGUAAAGAACUAGAUAUGAGAGAAGAAAAUGAGUCGUCGGAGAUUAUUGGUAUGAGAAAUGUCGUGGAGAAGUCAGAAGAAAUAACAACUUCGGAAAAGAAAGAUGUAGUUGUAAAAGCGAGAAACACCUUUCUAACACAGGAGGAUUUAUUUUCCGAUGGCGAUUCCAAUGAGGACAAGAUGGAUUGUGACGAAACCGGAAGAAUGGAAAUUGGAGAAGAAAAAAGAAAUCCAAAAAAAAUGCCUCAGUUUUCAAAGAACGAUGGCUUGGAAAAUGAGAGGUAUGGAAGCAAGAGAAAAGCGAUACGAAAGGAAUAUGUUACGGAAACUUUUCUGGAUGUUGAUGGUUUCAUGGUUACAAAGCAGGUGUUGAAAGAAAUCGAACUUAAACCAUCAUCAACUAAUACACUUGAUGGAACACAUGGCAAAACAAUGAAUAUUGAGCUUCUGGAUAAUAAAGAGCGCAGAAAUGCUAAAAUACCACAAGGACAAGCAAAAAUCAGUUCAUUUUUCCAGAAAAAGUGA